AUCCGAAUCAGCACAAUUAGACUAUAUUAUAACUUCACCGGACCAAAAAGUACCAAGUGAUUUUACAAAAGAGCUAAAAAAUUCAUAUUUUAAAAAAGCUUCUGCAAACUUUUUUAUUUUGCAUUGGGCUACUGAUGAAAUGGCACCAUUCAUUGGCAAUACAUUAAUUCAUCUAAACUUUAAAAAAUGCCAUUAUUUCACAGUAAAUGAUUCCCAAAAAGUUGUUUCUGGUAUUAAUGAAGAAUUCUCAUGCCCGGAACAUGAGGAAGCUGAUACCAAAAUAAUAUUUCAUGUCUGUAAUUACAACUUUAAAGCAAAUAUAGUCAUUCGAACUGUUGACACUGAUAUUGCCGCGAUAAUGCUUGCUCAUUUACAUCGCCUAAAAUGAUUCCAUUGUUUGAAUGUUGACGGGCACUGGAAACAAUGUAAGGUACGUGGAUCUAACGAAGAUACACGGACAGUUAGGAGAAUCAAUGUGUUGAAGCUUGCCUGGUUUCCACGCCAUUACAGGGUGCGAUUACAAUCCGGCAUUAUUUAGAAAAGGAAAAUUGAGACCUUAUAAACUAUUAAUAAAUUCGACGAGUCCCAAAAAGCUUUUAUUAAGUUUGGCGAAAGCGAAUUAAUGGAGGACAGCGAUGAACGGAAGAACGUUUUUAAUAGUAUUCAGAAAUAUGUAUGUAGUGUAUAUAAUGCUCGGAAUGUAAUUGAUGUUGAUGCUGCUAGAGUUCAGAUGUUUAUGGACUCGUAUAAAGUAUCUGAUAUUAAUGAGGCUUUCAAUCGUAAAAAAAUGAGAAAUUUUGAUGCUAGGAGUUUACCACCUUGUAAAAAUGAGCUUUUGCAGCAUUUUUUACGAGCUAAUUAUAUUUGUGCGAUUUGGAACAAUGCUCACUUAAGUAAAUUUGUCAGGUAUGUUAUAAUGAACAAUGUUCAUAAACAAAUUAUCGGCUAUUCAUAAUUGUUCUAACUUGCUUUAAUUAUUACAGAAGCUGUUGAGUGAUGAGGACAAAUCCACAGAAUGGAGUAGUGAUGAAGAUAAUGGAAAUACCGACGAUGACGAUGGAAAUAAUUAAUUUUUUUUUUCAAUUUAAAUUUUUUUUACUUUGUUUUGUAAUGGCUAUAAUUAAAAGUUGUGAGCGGGGUGUUGUUUGGUGGUGAGAAAC